GGCAGUUUUUCAAAUAUAGUUGUAACUUGGGUCCAGUUGGUUUGUUUCUGGUGACAACAAUAAACCGUCUGAUAUGCUGCAUUCCAAGGUGAAUCUCUGAAAAAUGACAAUUCUAGACGAAUGUCACAAGAAGUUAGCUGAUUUACAAAAACAAGUAACUCAAACAAGCAGAAAUGUUAUAAAUCGUACACAAAAGUGGCGACGUUUGUCAACCGUACCAUCUACAGAUUGUGAUGUUGUAGUAAUAUUUAAAACAGAACUUUCUGAAGAGAUUGUUGACUGGUUGAUAAAAAUUAUUAAAAAUCGUGUACCUCAACUGGUUAUACAUAAACAGUUUCAUCGCACAUCAAGACAGUAUGCGCUUUAUUUAACUGCUUCGUAUAUAGGUCUACUUACAGGUGCUGAAGAAUUAAGAAUUAAAAAGUCUCUGUUACCUGAACAUGGUGGUGGCUUACGUGAAUUUUCAGUUGACGAAUUCAGUUUAUUUGACAAUGUGAUGGAUGAGAAACUUUUCCUGUCUACCAGUGAACGUAGUAAUAUUGUUCAUCAUUUUCUGAUGAGUUUACGUGCUUGUCGUGAAGAUUCGGAUAUGUGUUCUGUUAAAUUUGAUAAUGAUCAAUGUAUGAUUCCAUCUCUUCAAUCUGCUGGUGUUAUCUUACAAAUUUUCCCAUUACAUGAACCAAACGAAUUAAAUAAAUUAACUAGUAUUUGGAUUCGUCGUUGGGUUGUCCUACAACCAUUAGAUGAAAUUAAAGAAUAUUUUGGUACAAAAGUUGCAUUCUAUUUUGCAUGGCUUGGCCACUAUACAUAUUCAUUAAUAUUUCCAUCAGUUGUUGGACUUGCUGUUUGGUUAUUUGUUAGUCCUAACAAAAAUUCCUCAUUUUAUUAUUUAUUAAUGGCUAUUAUCAAUUUAAUAUGGACAUCAUUAUAUCUGGAACAUUGGAAAAGGACUAGUUCAUUUUUAGCUUAUCGCUGGAGUUCAUGGGAUACACCGAUUUCAUUACUAGAAGAGCCUAGGCCAUUAUUUAAAGGUACAUUAUCGUUAUGCCCAAUUACUGGGAGACCUAUACGUACUUAUCCAAAAUGGAAACGUUUAUUAAUUUUAUGCUUUAUUACUACUCCUAUUGUUCUAUUUUCAUUAAUUAUUGUCAUUUAUAUCACAUUGAUGUAUGUUCAAUUACAAGAGAAAAUGAAUAUUUAUGCUGAUAAUAAUACAUCUAUUAUACCAAAUUUUAUAUUGGUGACUUUACCAAAGAUUUUCCUGGCUGUAUCAAUAUCAAUUAUGGAUUUUAGUUAUAAAAAAAUAGCGAUUUGGCUUACAGAUUUUGAAAAUCAUCGUUUAGAAGAUGACUACAAUAAUCACUAUGUAGUCAAGUUGAUUUUGCUUCAAUUUGUGAAUUCAUUCUAUUCCCUAUUCUACACAGCAUUUUAUCUGAAAGAUUUGGAAUUAUUAAGAAAGCAACUUGUAACAUUACUACUUACUAGACAAAUAAUUGAUUCAAUCAGAGAAACGUUUUUACCACUUGGUCACUCACGUUUACGACAAGUAUGGUUAUCAUUAAAAUAUGAACAGAGGUGCUUAGUUGAACGUAAUAAGUUAAAAUCUAAAGAUAAUAAUGGUUCAUUAUCAACAUCCAACUCAUCAUCAUCAUUAGCACCACCCAGUAAAACAGAUUCAGAUGUUGAUAAAUAUUCAAUAUCGCCGGAAAAUAAUAGUCAAUGUGCUGAUAAUAACAUUACCAAAAUGAAUGUUGAUGUGAAUCCAGAAAUCCUUAUCCAUCAACGAAUCCAGACAGUCACUGAAGAAAAUAAGUUAUACCAUAAUUCAAAAUCUUUUGAUCAUUCAGAAGAAACACGAAUAACACCCGCGGAGAGAGAAGCUACAUUGUUACGUUAUGAAGAUCCAACCGAUGAUUUCUUAGAAAUGUUUAUUCAAUUCGGUUAUGUAAGUAUGUUUACUGGCAUAUUUCCAUUAGCCGGUUUAUUGGCUUUUAUGAAUAAUAUAAUUGAAAUACGAGGUGAUGCAUAUAAAUUAUCAACUAGUUAUCAACGUCCAUUUGGUAAAUUUGCAAAUAGUAUUGGUAUUUGGCAACUAGCAUUAGAUGUUGUCAGCUAUAUAGCUGUCAUUGUGAAUAUUGCUUUACUUGGCAUAUCUGGAACUGUACAACGUCUAUUUCCUAAUUUAUCUUCUUCACAGUUGAUUAUUUUUCUUGUUCUCAUUGAAGUAAGUCAAAUGACUGACGAAGAAAGAAAGUAAAAUGUACGGUUGUUCUUUUUUCUUGAGCAAUAACUUUGAUAUGCAGUCUGUGUUAUUGUUAUUAGACCUUUUUAAAAUGUUUUGUGAUUAACUAAAAUUACAUCUGUGUCAUUUUUUAUUUACAUUCAAUACCUUUUUUGCUAGUCAUUGAACAGAUUGUUGUAUAUCAAUGAAUUGAAUUAAUAAGUGCUGAUGGUACAAUGUUUGAAGUGAUUUAUUCUGUGAAAUAAGGCGAAAAUUCGUUGAUAGAAUUACAUUAUCUUGGAUUACACCAUUGAGACUGUGAAUGAAGAACAAAUAAGCAUAUUAUUAUUAGCCUCAUCGGCAAGACUAUAAUUAAUGGACGAGCCAAUCAGAAGCGUCUGAGGGAUUUCAAGGUCACGGCGCUUAUUUCAGUGCUUGAUGCUCAAGUACUAUCGAAUCACAGAGAAUUUUAGUGAAAAUGUGACAAUUAAGUGGCUACAAUAAAUGAAACUACUAAGAAGUUGCUGUAUUUGUAAUUACGAGUAUUAAAUGACUAGUUGACCUUGUGCAGACUACCCUGAUGUUGUCCUUCGAUGUAAUAUAUGUUGAAGGAAGACGUUCGCUAGAAUAGGAACCUUUAUCGCUUGAUCCAGAUUAGGGCAUAUUAUAAUAAUCGCCGCCAAUUGUAUAAUAAAAGCACCAGUAACAUUGACUACAAUAAUCGCAGAUGUUACUGAAGCUUCGGCUAUUCACUGGUAUGAAUAUUGUUGGAACAUAUCCAUAAUAAAAAUAAUAGACUUACACAACCGGAGAACACACAAACAAUAAUAAAGCUGUGUUGUCGAGACUGAAAGGGUUUUUAUGAUCUUAUCAUGGCUCCAGAGACCGAGUAUUAUGGAGCCGUGUGGAUGAGUUCCUCUACCUUAUACAUUACGAUUUUGGAACCUUUGAACCUUUCUCUAACAUUGACAAGUUUUUGUACCAUAUAAAAGAAGUGUAUCCACUUUAAUUAUUUGGUUUCGUAUAAUAUAUUUUUACUCUAUGCUGACUGUUUACUGAUUGGCUACCAUUUCUCAAGGUCACUUAGGAUUCGUUCAAGGGUCGUCCAUAAAUUAUAGUCCCGCCGCCUCAUCAAUAUCAUAUUUUUGGUACAAUAUAGAAUUCUUAGCACAAAAUAUUUCAGCGAGUUCCCGUUUCUUAUUUCUUGGUUGAUAUUGACGAUAAAAGUUGAGCUAUCGCCAGUUCAACGUUGGCAUUUCAGAAAUCGACAUCUGUAUGAUAUUCAUUAUUUUCAAUCCAUAUUGCCAGCAAUCAUGAUGUCUUCGAUUUUACAUUUUCGUAACUUGAACAGAGUAAGGUCGUAAACUUUUCACAAACGCAUCUGAAUAGGUUAUGCAAUUAAUAGACAUAAUGAUCUGUUAAAAAAAGGAAACAGAUAACUUUUUGAAAUAUAUAUAUGACAGGAACAGGUAGUCCAGAUAUUCAAGCAGGCAGCCUUUUUGUUAUCAUAUUAGUGACAGUACAAUAUAGACACUGGCAAACGUCCUUUAUUUUUUAUUUGAAUACCGUACAAAUGCAGAUAUUACAUCAGGAUGGCUGAAUAUACAAAAUCCUAAAAUGUUUUAAAAUUAUGAUACUGAAAAUUAAACAAACAUUUCUGUAAUUGUCCAUGUUAACAAUACCAUUCUACCAGUGAAAUUAUAGCAUCUGGUUAUUGUGUCACAUCUACACGGAUUAUUCUGGUUUACGUUCAUAUAAAAACAGUUGAUUGUAAGAGAAUAACUGACAUGGUCAAAAUAUGUGCGCAUAUUGACUCAAAAAGGAUAAAUUAAUUCAUCUCUUGAAAAGCCAGAAUAAUUCAUGUAGAGUAUGAUGUAGUACUAGAUGCUGUAAAAUUAGUGCAACGGUGGACAAUUUUUAUUGCUUCAUUGUAAUCAGAAAUCAUAUUACUCUUCCUCAUGAAUAAUAAUGACUUUGUAUUUGCAUCUAUUAGCUGACAUUUAAACUUGAACUUUAUGAAAUUUAUACAUGGAAAUGCUUGAUCUCAAAUGUAAGUUAAUGGAAAUAAAUUAAACACUUUACUUACAAAAUCUUUCAGAAUAAGUGAAAGAUUAGAAUUUUGUUGAUCCCUCAACUAGUAGUCUACGAAUGAUCCACUGUUUUACUAGCCUCUAACUAAAAUCAAUCAGUCGAUGGGUGAAUCAAGUACAAAUAUUGUUUUGUGAAACACCGCAACGUAGUAUUGUGAAUUGGUGAAAGGAAACUUAUCCAUAAUCUUUAUAUCUAAUUUUUCAAUUAACUUUUUCAAGUAUGUUAGUUUUUCCUUGUAGGGUAACAAGUUACCAGUUAAUAUACAGUCAUGAUUUAUUAAUCAUUCUCUCCUCUUCCUACUAGCAUGCAAUAAUCAUAACACGCGCUGCGAUCAGUGCACUUGUUCCGCAUACACCUACUUCUGUUGUACUUCAGAUAGCUAAAUUAGAACAUCGUAGACGAGAAGCCCUUAAGAUACUUGAACGUGAAUCAAUGCGUGAACAUCAACGUCAACAAUCACCUUCUAAUAUAUGAAAAUCUCAAAAUAGAACUUGUAUGAAGAAUUCAUUGACCUUGACGUACUAUACUUCAUUUCAUUUUGAUCCGAUAAAUACAACUGACCAAAUAAGUAAUAUUUUAUCUUUUUUAAAACAUUAUAUGAAAAAGACGAAUGAAAUAUGGUUUUCUACUACUUAUUCCCAACUUAUUAUCAGCUUAAUUUACCGCGUUAUCUUCUUGAUGUAAUAUUUAUCUCUGAAUUUAAUGAUAUUUUAUCCUUUUCAAAUACAGACUGUUCAACA